CUUUCUUUAUUAUUUACAUUUUUUUAUUAUAUUACUAGUAUCCUAUUAUAUAGGUAAAGUAAAAAUAAUUGUAUACAAAUUUCCAAUUCGACUCACUCAACACGCCCAACCCCAACUUCACUUUUCUUUAACAUUCAUCUACCAACCCAAAAAAACAAACAUUAUUUCAAGAAUCAACUUGAGCAAAGUUCACUAUAGUCUUUUCAUAAAUAGGCUGCCUUUAACCAUUUCCACACUACCAAAGUUUGAAACACACUCAUUUUUCUCCACACACACUUACUCCAAUGGAUUGGUUCUCAUGGCUCUCAAAAACAGGGCUCGAGCCCACCCUCGUCUACGAGUACGGCCUCUCGUUCGCUCGAAACGAGCUCGAGGAAGGCGACAUCUCCUAUCUCAACCACGAGUUCCUCCAGAGCAUGGGGAUCUCGAUAGCCAAACACCGCCUCGAGAUCCUCAAGCUCGCAAGGAAGGAAAGCAGGAGGCCGGUAUCCCGGAUCCUCAUCGCCAUCAAGAGGACCAAGAGGUGCUUCUCCAAGUACCUCCGUCCACCGUGGGCCCAGGCCCGCGAUGACUCUGCCCUGGCACUUGUUCCCCUGCGCAGCAGCUACAGCGCCCGAUGGAAGGGCGGUGCGCUGCUGAGGAGGAACAAGAGGAUGGCACUGGCCAGCUGGAGCGGGAACCUGGUUGGUGGCAGGGCGCCGCUCCUGCUGACCAAUGGGAGCCCCAUGUUGUUCCACAGCUCGAGAAUCGAUAGCUUCUUGAGCCCGUGGACGAGCGAUCGCCCCCUCGAGGCCGAGGAGGGUGAUCGGAAGGAGGAGGAGGGAGAGGAUUGUGAUGAGUAUUGGUCCCCUGCAGUUGAAGAUAUCAAGUGGGAUGCCAUGUUUCAGAACUUGAAACCUACUUGAAAUUAACGGUUGGUAGCAAUUUCGUAAUAUAUGUUAAUCUCUUGUUAAUUUUGAGUUCAAUUGAGUGGUGAGAAAUUGGUUUUUGGGGCUCUUUCCACCAUUAGAGCUUGAUUGGUUUAGGUAUCUUGGUUAUUUUCCCAUCCACUAACUGAAAUUCGGUAAAGUGGUUAUGGGUCUACUUAGUAUCUUUACUAAUUUCAAUUGUCUCUUUAAUUUACUCGAACAUGACAUGUUCUCAUAAAGAUGUUUUGCAUAUGAUGUGUUUGUUUUACUUUAUUGUGUCAUGUUUACUAAAUUGAGAGUUAUUUUGUUA